AUGCCGCCGAAGACGACCACGACGAAGAAGGAGCAAUCCCUGCGAUCGUUGCAGACUCGACUCAACUCAUAUCUGUAUAUGUUUGAGGACAUUCUCAAGUUUUCUCAGUCCAUGAAUGAGCAAACCACAGCAAUUCAGGUGUCGAUUAGGGUUGAUAAAUUGGAGGAGUUAUGGGAAACGAUUAGUGAGGCUAUAGUGGAGGUAGAAUCGCAUGAUGAUUACAGUGAAGAAGAAGAGGAAUGUGGUAAAAUUAGGGCAUCGUUUGUGCAGCGGUAUUUUUCGGUCAAGACGUCAUUGAUGGAGAAGGCUAAGGAGCUGGAAGAUGCCACAUUGAACCAGUCGCGUGUUUUGGAUGCAUCGCAGUCGCAGUCGCAGCCUACGUUGGAACAUGUUCGCCUUCCACAAAUCCAGCUACAAACCUUCAGUGGCAAUAUCGACGAGUGGCUGAGUUUCCGGGAUUUGUACACCUCAUUAAUCCACUGGAAGGCCGAUCUUCCGGACGUCGAGAAAUUCCAUUACCUGAAGGGAUGUCUCACAGGUGAAGCCAAGGCUCUCAUAGAUCCGCUGUCCAUCACUAAGGCGAACUACCAGGUGGCGUGGGACACAUUGUCAAAACGGUACAACGACAGCAAGCUGCUUAGGCGUCGGCAAGUCCAUGCUUUGUCUAAGCUACCCGUGUUGACUAAGGAGUCAGCUUCGGAGCUUCAGUCCUUGCUGGAAGGCUUUGAACGGAUCGUCCAAAACUUGGAUCAGCUUGUUCAACCCCAGGACUACAAAGAUUUGUUGUUGCUGGACAUCCUAGGUUCCCGCCUAGACCCGGUCACACGUCGAGGAUGGGAAGAGUAUUCGGCUUCAAAGGAACAAGAUUCCAUCAAGGAUCUGACGGAGUUUCUUCAAAAACGGGUUCGAGUAUUAGGUUUGCUACCUUCCAAACCUGCUGUUCUCAAGGGAGAAUCGGUUAGUCUGUCCAGGAAAAAGUUUGUAGUCCCACGAACAAGUCAUAGUGCGGUUCAAGCAUCUAGUGGUCGAUGCAUGGCUUGUUCAGAACAACAUCCGCUGUACCAAUGUCCAACAUUCCAGCGUCUCUCGGUGUCGGGUCGAGACAAACUCCUUCGCAAUCACUCGCUGUGCCGUAACUGCUUCCGUCGUGGACAUCAAGCUUCCGAGUGCUCCUCUCACUUCGUUUGCAAAAAAUGCAAGGCGAAGCACCAUACUAUGGUAUGUUUCCGGUCGGACAAGGGUGAUGGAGCAAAAGGUGGCUCAUCACAGACACCAACACAAGCUAAAUCGAAUACCACAAGUACUUCACAGCGAAAUUGCAUCCCAAGUACCUCUGCAGCUUCAGAUUCGGUGUCAUCCAAUACGGCACUCCAACGUUCGUCGUCAGUACUGUUAGCGACAGCAGUGGUUUUGGUGGAAGAUGAUACAGGUAUCAGUUUUCCAGCACGGGCCUUGUUGGACUCUGGGUCCGAAUGUAAUUUCAUGACGGAGAAGUUGUGCCAACGUUUGAACAUCCAACGGAGGCGUUCGGAUGUAGCCGUCCUUGGUAUAGGACAAUCCAAUACGCGGAUUAAACACAAGGCUGUAGCGACAAUCAAAUCACGAGUUUCCGGAUUUUCUCGUGAAAUGGAAUUCCUCAUUCUGCCGAAGGUUACGGCAGAUUUACCAACGACGAAUAUUCAAGGGGAAUGCUGGAAGAUUCCACGAGGCGUGCAGUUGGCAGAUCCAGCAUUUUUUAAUUCCAAGGCGGCCGGCAAUGAAAUGGAUCUUGGGAACGGUCUACCCAUGUUAACGGAGUCAGUAUUUGGCUGGGUGGUAUCCGGUCUGGUGAAUGCUGAUCCGAAUGAUCCGAAUCCGAAAUUUUCCUGUAACAUGGCAGUUACUGGUGGUUUAGAGGAAAUUCUAUCUCGCUUUUGGACUUGCGAAGAAGUUGAUUCUCCCAACAAUUAUUCUCCCAUGGAAGCGAAGUGCGAGGCGCACUAUAGUAGCACGGUCAAACGAGGAAAGGAUGGGCGGUAUACAGUUUCUCUUCCAAAGGAUGAUACCGUUGUGCCAAAAAUAGGCGAAUCAAGGGAUAUUGCCUUCCGACGUCUUCAAGGGAUAGAAAGACGAUUGUUUCGAGAACCGCAGUUACGAGAGCAAUACGAGCGGUUCAUGGGGGAGUAUUUGGAGCUAGGGCACAUGCACAGAGUGGAUGUGUCAACCGACAAGGCAAGUAGGUGUUAUUUACCUCAUCAUCCUGUUGUUAAGGAGAGCAGCACGACCACCAAGGUCCGGGUGGUUUUCGAUGCGUCUUGUAACACAAGUACAGGCGUAUCACUGAACGAUGCAUUGCUGGCAGGGCCAGUGAUCCAAGAAGAUUUGCGUUCCAUAAUCCUUCGGUCGCGAAUUAAACAAAUUCUUAUGGUGGCAGACGUGGAAAAAAUGUUCCGUCAAAUCUGGAUAGACCAGGAAGAUCUCCCGUUGCAGAACAUAUUGUGGCGAAAAAAUUUCGGCAUGGAGGCCGAAACGUAUGAACUUCGUACAGUAACGUACGGGACAAAACCGGCACCAUAUCUGGCAACAAGAACCUUGAAGCAGUUAGCGUUGGACGAACAGCAGAAUUUCCCGAUGGCGGCAAGGGCGGUCAUGGAAGACGUCUACAUGGACGACGUUUUAACAGGAGAGGAUAAGGCUGAGGUGGCGAAACAAUUGCAAAUGCAGCUCGACAGUAUGAUGGAGAGUGGCGGAUUCCAUCUGAGGAAAUGGGCCUCCAAUUCAACAGUAGUGUUGGAAGGAGUUCCUGAACAAAAUCUUGCGAUAGCGAAAGAGGAUGGACUGCAACUUGAUCCAGAUCCGGCCGUAAAGACGUUAGGGUUAUACUGGUUCCCACAAGUGACGUUUUCAAGUUCCAGUUCAAGGUCGUGA